CAAUUUACAGUACGUACAGAAGAACAUUCCUAGUACAUAACACCCAGCUGACCAGUCUCGCUGAGAUGGGGAGAGAGGAAAACGACCAAAUAGCUACCUUCUACACCCAACUACAGUGUCAACAGGGCAUGGCAGUCUCUAAUCAAUGGGUCCCACCAGUGUGUGGCAUCAUUGGAGCCACAGCUUGUUGGUGAGAUAGAGGAACCUGCAUGACGUGGUUACCCAUCCCUUCCACUUCCUGAAAAAACAUGCAAGACAGAAAGAGCGACUCGAGAAAGACAGAAAAUCUACAAGGAGGACACGGUUUAGAAGACAGAGAAAGCUUGGCUGGUUUUUUUUUCUGUUAUUUUUUUUUUUUACAUCACAACUGCCUCUUCAGGAUCCGUUACUUCAAACAAUAUUGAUGCCUGAGCAGUUGUAAGAGUAGGCCUACACCCUCAUCAUUAAUUACAGCCAGACAGGACACACUACCAUGGAGGAUAUCACCCUGACCAAGUGGUUUAAGGUGAAAGAAUACGACCAGAAGAGUGAGCAGCGGUCAGAGAAACACAAGGGACUACGGGGACGCAACAACGUUACUUCCUGUCGGAGCCCAACCAGAGAACUGGACACACGGUGGAUCAAGAAGGAGCUGAGGCGGAAGAGACAGCGGGUAUUCAAUAUAAGACGAUCAGUCAGCCCAGAAAGGGCCAAAGACUCUGGAAAGGUCAAGGACGACAGCUGUGUCAUCUGUGACACAGCCAAGUCAGAGACGGUGGGGGCUAAGGUCAGCGUGACCCCUAAGUCAAAUCUGCAUGGGUCACAAAGGGCCAAAGACUCUGGAAAGGUCAAGGACGACAGCUGUGUCAUCUGUGACGAAGCGAAGACAGAGUCUUUGCAGUGUAACAUCAAUUGGCCUAUGCCCCCUGGGCUUAUGUCCAAUGUAAGGCCAUUGACAAUGGGUCGAAGAAUAAAGACAUCCACAGAUGACCUGGACAACAGUGAAUGGGCCUCAAUAUGGAAAAAUGAGAAGAGCAGUACUAGAACACUAGAGGCAGUUUCCUCCACCUUCACCACCUUCACCACCUCGACCAGAGAACCACCCACCUCCACCCCAACCACCUCGACCAGAGAACCACCCACCUCCACCCCAACCACCUGCACCUGCACCUCGACCAGAGAACCACCCACCUCCACCCCAACCAUCUGCACCUCGACAAAACAACCACCCACCUCCACCCCUACGUCCACCCCUACCUCCACCCCUACGUCCACCCCUACGUCCACCCCUACCUCCACCCCUACCUCCACCCCGAGCAGAGAUCUAGUCCAGCCCAGGAAAAAGCCUUGACAAAACAACCACCCACCUCCACCCCAACCUCCACCCCGAGCAGAGAUCUUGUCCAGCCCAGGAAAAAAGCCUUGACAAAACAACCACCCACCUCCACCCCUACCUCCACCCCUACGUCCACCCCUACGUCCACCCCUACCUCCACCCCAACCUCCACCCCAACCUCCACCCCAACCUCCAC